CUUCGGUCGCGAAGGUCCCAUAGAUCCCACAGUAAACUGCGAUGGACACCCUUUAGAUUGAUGAUAUCGGCUAUACUCUUAGCCGUCAGUGUGGGUUUCAUCAUCUAUGUCCUGAUUCCAUUUAUAGAAGGUUUUAUCGAAUUGCAAAAUUUUGCGAACUUGUUAUUUGUUAUAUUGCAUGUUUUUUACAUGUUUAACGUGGCCACUCUCAAGAAGAAAAGUCAGUGGGUGUUCUGGGUUGCAAGCUAUCUUAUCUUGGAUGCUGCAUCAAUACUCUUCGUGUUUUACGAUUCUAUCUUUAUUUAACACAUGGUUGGAAGGGAGCACAAUAGAAGAGUUUCUAGCGUAGGAAUAUGUGACCACGUGCAGAUAUUAGUGGC